GCUAUAAGAAGCCUCACAGGUGACAUACAGUUAGGAAACAUACAGAAGCUCGCAUCACAAACAGCGCUACUAGAAACAUAACAACCCGCCAGAAUGCAGAAAGCCAAGAAGUACGACUGGAAGGAUUCCAACAUUUCGCUGUUCGGCUCCGACACCGAUAAGGCGGUCAAAAAGGAGUCUGCAGACAGCGAGCCAGCGUGGGCGGGUAGCGGCGAGGAGCCCGGGGUUCGUGUCUGGAGGAUCGAGAACUUCGAGGUGAAGGACUGGCCGAAGGAGGAGUACGGUAACUUCUACAGUGGGGACUCCUACAUCAUCCUUAACACGCACAAAAACGACGACAGCGAUGAACUGUUGUAUGACGUCCACUUCUGGAUCGGAAAGUACAGCACGCAGGACGAGUACGGAACUGCGGCCUACAAGACAGUGGAGCUGGACACUUUCCAUGACGACAAGCCCGUCCAGCACCGCGAGGUCCAGGGCCACGAAUCGGAAAUGUUCAAAUCCUACUUUGAAACAGUCAGUUACCUGAAGGGCGGCGCGGACACUGGCUUCCGGCGUGUGGAGCCGGAACAGUACAAGGCCAGGCUGCUGCGAUUCAAGAAGGACGACCGCCGUGUAGUAAUGAGCGAGAAACCUCGUAACCGUAAAGAACUGACCGGUGACGACGUGUUUGUUCUGGAUCUAGGCCUCACUAUAUACCAAUGGAACGGUGGAUCAGCAAGCGGCAUCGAGAAGUUUGAGGCGGCAAAGGCUGUAGCCCAGAUCAAGAGUGACCGAGGCCGCGACAUCGAGCUCGUGGUUUUGGAGGAGGCAGACACAGAACCGGACGACGCGUUCUACGGUUUCCUGGACGAGGAGGGCGAUGACGACGAGGAUGACGCUGAUCCGGAGGGUCCGCCAACGCUGCUAAAGCUUUCCGACGCCGACGGGUCGCUUGACAUGCAGGAGGUGAAGACGGGCGAAAUUACCGCCGACGACCUCAGUUCCGAUGACGUGUUUAUCGUGGACACGAAGAAAGAGGUGUUUGUUUGGGUUGGCAAGGGCGCCUCCAUUGAUGAGCGGCGGAACGGCAUCACAUACGCUCACAACUACCUGAAUAAGACGGCUUAUCCGUACCUGCCAAUUACCGUGGUCGGGGAAAGUCAGCUGUCUAGUGCCUUCAAGGAGGCCGUCCCCGGCGCCGCCUAGACGCCCGUCGUCCAUCUCGACUAGA